AUGAGCAGGAGAUGUUGCGACAAGGGAAAGUUUGCGGGCGCUGAGCUGGAAGGAUUGAGUAAGGAACUAUUGAUAGUUGAUAUCAACAGUCACAUGAGUGAGACGUGGGCGGAUUAUAGAAAGGCAAUCAGAACAGGGCGACAUCCCAUUGUGACCAAUGGCGAUACAGGAUGCAAUCGCAGUGCAAAUCGGCUUCCACUUGGCGCGUGCAGGAGGAAGGAGGCAGUUCUGGAGGCGACGUUUCGUUGCGCGUGGUAG